AAAGAGGCGCGCAGAGGCGGGCGCGGAGCUUAUUGCUGUGGCGCGCGGAAGGCUGCCCACGUGUUUGCCCGCAGCCGGACCCUGCGAUCCCUUUGCCCCCGCGUUCCAGGCCUCCUUGGUGUGCGCCCAACCCUGGCCCGGUGAGCAGGGUCCCGCACAGUUCCCCGCUCUUAGUGGGCCAACUUGGAGGAGCAACUUUGUGGAGCCGCGCCAGGGGCACGGGGCACUGCGCAUGCGGAGCUCCAAAUUCAAACAGCUGUUUCCAGAGGCUGGAGGGCGGGUGGACAGGGAGCCGCUCGGGCUAGGGGACGCUUUCUCCAGGAGCCAUGGUGGACCGUGGCCCUCUGCUCACCUCGGCCAUCAUUUUCUACCUGGCCAUCGGGGCUGCGAUCUUCGAGGUGCUGGAGGAGCCGCACUGGAAGGAGGCUAAGAAGAACUACUAUACACAGAAACUGCAUCUACUCAAGGAGUUCCCGUGCCUAGGCCAGGAGGGCCUGGACAAGAUCCUGCAGGUGGUAUCUGAUGCUGCAGGACAGGGUGUGGCCAUCACAGGCAACCAGACCUUCAACAACUGGAACUGGCCCAACGCAGUGAUUUUUGCAGCCACAGUCAUCACUACCAUCGGCUAUGGCAACGUGGCUCCCAAGACCCCCGCUGGGCGCCUCUUCUGUGUCUUCUAUGGUCUCUUCGGAGUGCCGCUCUGCCUGACGUGGAUCAGUGCCCUGGGCAAGUUCUUUGGGGGACGUGCAAAGCGGCUGGGCCAGUUCCUCAUGAAGAGAGGCGUGAGCCUGCGGAAGGCACAAAUCACGUGCACAGCCAUCUUCAUUGUGUGGGGUGUCCUCGUCCAUCUGGUGAUCCCGCCCUUGGUGUUCAUGGUGACCGAGGAGUGGGACUACAUCGAGGGCUUCUACUACUCCUUCACCACCAUCUCCACCAUCGGCUUUGGCGACUUUGUGGCUGGUGUGAACCCCAGUGCCAACUACCACGCCCUGUACCGCUACUUUGUGGAGCUCUGGAUCUACCUGGGGCUGGCCUGGCUGUCCCUCUUUGUCAACUGGAAGGUGAGCAUGUUCGUGGAGGUCCACAAGGCCAUUAAGAAGCGGCGGCGACGGCGGAAGGAGUCCUUCGAGAGCUCCCCACACUCCAAAAAGGCUCUGCAGAUAGCAGGGAACACGGCAUCCAAGGACGUCAACAUCUUCAGCUUUCUGUCCAAAAAGGAGGAGACCUACAAUGACCUCAUCAAGCAGAUUGGGAAGAAGGCAAUGAAGACGAGCGGGGGUGGUGAGAGGGUCCCAGGGCUGGGGCCGGGGCCGGGGCCGGGGCCGGGGCCUCAGGAGAGUGGGCUGCCAGCCAUCCCUGCCUCCCUGGCCCCCAUGGUGCUCUAUUCCAAGAACCGGGUGCCCAGUUUGGAAGAGGUAUCUCAGACACUAAGGAGCAAAGGCCAUGUGUCUCGGGCCCCCGGCGAGGAGGCCAGGGCAGGGCCCCCCGAGGAUGGCUCCCCUACCCCUGAGGUGUUCACUAACCAGCUGGACCGCAUCAGUGAGGAGGGCGAGCCAUGGGACGCCCAGGACUACCACCCGCUCAUCUUCCAGAACGCCAACAUCACCUUUGUGAACGAGGAGACCAGCCUCUUGGACGAGGAGACGUCAAAGUCCUCGCUGGAGGACAACCUGGCCGGGGAGGAAAGGCCCCAGGAAGAGGCUGAGGCUGAGGUGCCCUUGAACUUGGGUGAGCUCCCCUCAUCGGACGAAUCGACCUUUACUAGCACCGAGUCAGAGGUCUCUGUGCCUUACGAACAGCUUAUGAACGAGUACAAUAAGGCAAACGGCCCCAGAGACACGUGAGGCGGGGCCGGCUCCCCACUCCACCUUUGAUGGCUUCCAUUGCCCUCAGUCCUGGGGCAUGCUACUAUGGCUGGGACCCCCUGGAACUGGGAGUGGGGGGCUAGGGGCCUUCCUUACCUUCCAUCCCCUCCAGCUAGACACCACUGUCAAGCAUGGCACGUGCCCAGGACAGGGCCUCUGUUUUCCAGCUGAACUGGCACCCUGGCAGUGGGAGGCAUCUGUCCUAAGCACAGCUGGUAUAUUUGACGGUUCAAAGACAUGUUUGCUGGUAGGACUGACCCCAAAGAGGCCUGCACUGCGUGGGUCUUUGCCCCAUCAUUUGGUUGAGAAUGUCACACGGUUCUCUUAGUCUGGGCCCUCAGCCAUUUGAGUUUACCAGUAUUAGUGGGCUUUUUGUGUGUGUGCCUGGCACUGAGCUAGGCAUUUCGGAGAGAGGAGGAGGGCAGGGUGAGACCCGGGCACUUCAGGCCUCAACAAGAGCAGGGCCCUGCCUGGGGCAAGGAUUUCUCCAACCCCAAUCCCACCUGUCCGCUUGACUGGCCCUUACUGCAAAACUCAGUAGGGAAGAGGUCACCUGGGGGAAGGGAGAGAGGAAAUAAUGGGCUGGUGCUGCAACACUCCUGAUAUGUAGGGCCCAGAGCAAGUCCCAGGGGUGCUUGGGCAGGCGUCCUAGCCCUUGUUGGUUUACUGGGACUGCCAGCCCAGCCCAGAGACCAGUUCUCUGUCUCAGAUACCCUUUGGCCAAGCAGUGGUAGCUGCAGGUUUUCUGCCUCCCAGGAAGUGGUGGGAGGAGGAGAAGGUAGCAGGUCAUGCCACUGAGGCUGUAGCUCCUGGGAGCUACAGGAGUGAGCUCAACUCUGGCUUGGUCUGCGUCCCCCAUACCCUUCCAUCUCCCCUGUGCCCAGAACAACGAUCUCACCGCUCCCCAGGUUGCUCUUGGCUCACAAGUGGGGAAUGGCCAAAUAUGUGAAUCAAGCUCCUCCCUCUAGCCACUGUUUGGGGUGUGUGUGUGUGUGUGAGAGAGAGAGAGA